CUUUUUCAACCACAACAUCACUGGCACUACCUGCACACACACCGCCACCAUGUCGCUCACUCCGUCCUACGCUGCGCGCACCUGUCGCCAAUGUCUUCGAUCGUCGUCCCGAUUCGCCGCCACCGCUCAGACACACCGAAGGCAGCAAAGGAGAUGGCAGUCCACCGAUCCCGCAGCACUGCCUACCAACGCGAAGAUUGCCGGCAUCGUAGACCAAAUCAGCCAAUUGACCCUGUUGGAGACUGCAGACCUCGUGUCGACGCUGAAGACACGCUUAAACAUUCCUGAUAUGCCCGUGGGAGGGUUCGCUGCUGCGGGACCAGCUGGCGGUGCCGCUCCUGCGGCGGCAGCGGAGGAGCCUGAAGAGGCGGCGCCUGCCAAAGAAGAGAAGACGCUGUUCAACCUGAAGCUGGAGUCAUUCGAUGCUGCAUCCAAGCCAAAGGUCAUCAAGGAGAUCAAGGCACUGCUCGGGCUCAGUUUGGUAGACUCAAAGAAAUUCGUCGAGAGCGCGCCAAAAAUGAUGAAGGAGGGUGUGCCGAAGGAGGAGGCAGAGAAGAUCAUCGAGACGCUGAAAGCUCUGGGGGGUGUGGUCAAGAUGGAGUAAGCUCUGCGUUCUGGUGGCUGGGACAAUACUGGUGCUGGACCAUGGGCUGGAAACGCAUCGGGAUGGCGUUGUGCUGCAUAGCCUAGGCUUUGAACAUACAGGAAAAUGACAAUGUACAGUAUGGGCGUGAUGGAAGGCCAGAAGACUGCAAAUUUGGCAGGAGUGAUUUGGCAUGGAUGUAUCAAGAUGUUGCUGAUGAUGGAGCAGACGCGAUCGCAUAGCUUUCCGCCAAAGCCAUAGAACAGGUCAUGAGCAGAGCGAAACGGGCCCGAAUGGCAGCAACAGGAUCUGAACUGGCACUCCUCCCAAUCCAAAUUCACCUCCUUUAUUAGACAAGUCGAAUUCGCGUGCAUCCAGCGCAGUUUCGCGAGCUAUACAUCUAGACAUCACGAGUCACACCUAUUAGGUGGCAUUCAU